AUGGGGUCUUUGCAAUUUGUUCUAUCUAUCCUUUACCUUGUCGGCUGCAUUAUAGCUACUGAUUUACCUCGACUUGACAGUCAGUCUGCCCCGCAGCCUGCCCUAGGCAAAUCAUAUUACACAGUCUUUCCAAAGAAUGGCGCCGAUACUUCCAAGACUAGCGACUUCAUCCGGCAAAUUGUCGGUGCUGAGGACCUUUUGCCCUGGACCGAUGUUAAGGAUCAGUUAAUGCACUGGACCGUGGAAGCCUCCCCUGAGGAAGUCUUCCAAUUGCAAGGCAAUAAUGGUAUCGACCAUGUUAAUGAGUUCCAUCCUCCACCCCCACCAGCGGCCACUCGAAACAUCCGCGAUACGCCUACGGUUGAAUGA